GUGAUUGGGAACAGCGAGUGGGUCGUUACACGGAAGUUACUUCGUUCGUUCGUAGGUUCAGUCGACAUAGGUUGGUUGUAGGGUGUUCCGUUAACGGGUCACUCACCGAUUCAACAUUCCAAAGGCUGGGUCUUCUUACCGCUUCUUCAGCACUCUUCAUUGGUAAGUCCGACCGUGUGCUUGUUAAAUAUUGAGUAAAAGAAAGUGAAAUUUACUAUUGUGGCACUUGUAAAGCCGCGCAAUACAGAACGUCAUCAUGUACGCUUGCUCUCGACUCAUCGCUCCCAUUGCCAGGUCUACUUUGGUUUCUGGAACCAAGAGCUAUUUUCGACCAUUGAGCAGUGUGGUCAGUCAAAGCCAAUCUUUACAACAGCAAAAACAACUGCAACCACCAGUGUAUUUAUCACAGGUGCGUAACUUCCAAACUUCCCUAGUCAGACGUGAUAUUGAUUCUGCUGCCAAAUUCAUUGGUGCUGGUGCUGCAACUGUUGGUGUUGCAGGAUCUGGUGCUGGAAUUGGAUCUGUAUUUGGUUCCCUCAUUAUUGGUUAUGCUAGGAAUCCAUCUUUAAAACAGCAAUUGUUUUCAUAUGCUAUUUUAGGUUUUGCUUUAUCUGAGGCUAUGGGAUUAUUUUGUCUCAUGAUGGCUUUCUUACUUCUGUUUGCCUUCUAAGCCAACAAUAUCAUCAUAAGAAAUUGCUGAUAGUUUUAGUGCGUCACUGUCAAACAGUAUGUCUUUGCUUCAGAAAAAAGCAAUGACUAUCUGGUACACAGAAUGCCAUGAAAUCAUUAAGGAUGCCCAUACUUACAUUUCAAUGGGAAACAACAGUGCAUCUAUGAAUACAAUCCAAGCCUAUGUGGAGCGGAUCAUCAUUAAAACUCUGAGUUCUUUCUAAUUAUUAGAAUAUUUGUAAUUAUUUCAUGGCUUACUGUCUCAUGUAGCGUAACUGACAUUGUUAUAAAAUAAUGAAUUUCAGUGUAAUGAAACAAAAUAUUACUGCAGAUUUAUUGAAAUUACAUCACCUAGACACGCAUAUAUGCAUUCACAGCAUUAGUGUAUGAUAUAAGUACUACUAUAUCGCAAUUUUUUUCAUAUCAGGAAACUAUCACUGUUGUGCCAUCAUAAAUUCUUAGUAAUUUAAUAUUUGAUGAAAAAAUUCUAUAAUUAAAUAAACGACGUCAUACAAACGG